AGACGUAUUACGGGAAUAGGAGGAUGGCCAUAAACAGAACGGUCUUAUCUGCAAGAAAUAGGCUACAGUUAAUUUCACCAAACUUUGCCUGUUGUUUCCUGAUUCAAGUCCAGGCAAGAUUUCCUGAGACAACAGUUCAUCGGAGGUUUAACCGCAGCGUUGAUCAGAUGGCACUAUCAGGAUGGAUCUGUGUGGUGACUGGUGCUUCCAGAGGAAUUGGAAGAGGUAUUGCCCUACAGUUAUCUGAGGCUGGCGCUACAGUGUACAUCACUGGUCGACAGGAGAAAACUCUGAAGCAGACAGCAGCUGAGGUGACAGAGAGAGGUGGCCGGUGUCUUCCAGUGAUCUGUGACUCAUCUAAAGAGGACGAAAUCAAGGAGCUGUUUGAACGUGUUCAACGUGAGCAAAAUGGCAGACUUGACUUAUUGGUCAAUAAUGCCUAUGCGGGUGUACAGGCUAUUAUGAACAACUUGAACAAGAAGUUCUGGGAGGUGGAUCCAGAUAUCUGGGACACAAUCAACAACACUGGACUCAGAGAUCAUGGUCACUGUUUUCACAGAGGUCACUAUUUCUGCUCAGUGUAUGCCACACGGAUGAUGGUGGCGCAAGGCAAAGGCUUGAUUGUGUUCAUAUCAUCCAUGGGUGGUCUGCGCUAUCUCUUUAAUGUAUCCUAUGGGGUCGGCAAAGCUGCAUGUGACAGAAUGGCAGCGGACAUGGCAGUAGAGCUGAAGAAGAAAGGUGUGGUUUCUGUAAGCCUCUGGCCAGGGGCCGUUCAGACUGAGUUAAUUAAUCAGUAUAUAUCUUGCGAUGAGGCUCCUCCAGGAUUUGAUCCAAAAUUCAAGGAAAUAUUCAGGAAGGGUGAGACGACAGAGUUUAGUGGACGAUGCAUAGUUGAGCUGGCCAAAGAUAAAAAUCUGAUGUCAAUGACCGGGCAAGUGUUGAUGACCUGUGACCUCGCUCGCCGCUAUGGACUCAAGGAUGUGGAUGGUCGCAGUGUCAUGGACUACACCUCUCUGAAGUUCCUAAUUUCCCAAGUGCCCUAUGUGUCCUGGCUGUCCGUAUUCACUCCUUCAUUCAUCAGAGUGCCUCGUUCCAUGCUGAGCCUGGGCAAAUUCUAACACGCCUCGGUGCAAACACUGUGGCUAUUUUUGGUAAUCCUGUCAUGUAUGUUGAUCAUGUACAUGCGUUUUUACUUCGUUGUUUUAAACAUGCCAUCAAGAUAAAGUAAUUUAGCUGGCUGUAAAAUUGUCAUUAAUUUAUUGCUACUGUUGCUAAUUAAAAACGAUUAAAUUAAAAAUAAGAAGACACCCAGCAUAUAUAAGCCACAAUGUUUGGGCGUCAAAAAUAUCAUAAUUUUCAGUAUACUAUCAGUAUUACUAUUUGUAUCAGAAAAAAAAUGUCAUCUCAUUUCCGUAAUACUGACGGUGAUCUUCACUGCAAAAAUAAUUCACAUUGCACAAGAGGAAAAUAUGUGUAUAAGAACGCCCAGCCCUGAGCUUGUUGAUAACUUGGUAGUUUUGAGUGUGGCAAAUGUCAAUGACAUGGUCACUUUUAUUUGCAAUGCAAAUUCCUGAACAGUUAACCAAACACGUUUAAAAAAAAUGGAAGAAUACAUAGAACCUGCCUAUAACACUGAAAUAUAAAUAAAUACUACUCAAUGACAAAAUUGUACAUUUAUAAUAAAACUUGUAAUAUUUUGGGACAUCAGAGCAUUCACAAUUUGGUAUUAUUGGGGUUGCAAAAAACAAAACGGAUCAAAAAAACACUGCCAUUCUGAUCAUGCAAGUCACUAAUGUUUUGAGUAUCAGCUACUGAGGAAGAUAUAUUCAAAGGCUUUCUCGACUUUAAAAGACUGAAUAUUUGGUGGUGUAUACUGUAACAAGAUAUAUGACAGUGAGGCCUCUGCCAGUCCAUUUGCUCAAAUGAUGAUGUUUGUCACUGAACAAUUAACAUUUCUUUGAAUGUGGUUUGCCACUUAGUUUUUAUUACUGAAAUUAAACCUCUACAUUUUUAUUAAAGCUUUAUCUUUAUUAGGGAAACACAGUGCAUCGAUUAGCUUAAUAUCUAACCAUGUGAACUGUGCACCUUAAAAAGAGCAAGAAUGUGUUACUGGGAGACUACUGUAUAUGUGAUGCUACAAACUAUUAAAACUGAAAGGACCAGUGGCCUUGCGUAUGGUG